GACCGGAGACGGCUUGAACGACUGCAACUCCACAGCUGUUGUUUGGCGGCGUUAGUUUGGACCACAACCCGCAGAACAUGUCUGGGACGAGCGAGCUGUGAAGCGGACAGACAGCAAGAGGAGGAGUGUCAGCGCAUACUUCAGCCAGCUGAAGGUGUUUGGCGGUCGGAGAGACAUGGACUUAAUAAAAAAGGAGCUGGAGGAGGAGCUGAAGCUCAGUACUGACGACCCGACAAGCCAUGCAUGGUACCACGGGCCGCUGAGCCGAGAGGCUGCAGAGUCUCUGUUUGAGAGGGAUGGAGACUUUCUGGUCCGAGACUCAAGCUCUGCCCCUGGCGACUACGUUUUGAGCUGCUUUUGGAAGGAUGCGCCCAUGCAUUUUAAGAUCAUACAAGUCAUGCUUCGACCCAAAAAGGGCUACUCAAAGAAGCUGUUCCAGUUUGAGGAGGAUCGCUUUGACAAUGUUCCCGCUCUUAUCCGAUUCUAUGUGGGCGGGCGUCGGCCCAUCUCCCAGGCCUCAGGUGCUGUGAUCUUUCAUCCAAUCACACGGACCCUUCCUCUGCGUAUCAUAAGCGAGCGUCAGGCAGAGCCCACAAGCAGCAGCAGGAGCAGCAGCAGCAGCAGUAGUAGUAGAGGUGCAGGGAGAGAAAAACACACUGAAGCCAACAUAAGGCGCAGUUUCAGCUCAGGACACACCGACACACUGCAGGUCAAUCAACUGCUAAGGAGUGGAAGUCAACCUGCUAACAUGGAGAACGUUGGAUGCAGGCCUUCGCUUCAGUCUGCACAAUCUGACAGCAACCUACGACCUGGUGUUCCACAAAACUCUCAGUCGGAGGACUCUGGCCCCGCCCCCAUCUCCCCAGUGUUUCGCACAGGCAGCGAACCCCUGCUGAGCCCCCGACCACGACACACACGCCCCUCCUAUCCAGGUGGUGGUGUAACUUUGCGAGGUUCAGAUGGACAGCUGCACCCGAGAGCUCCUCCUAAACCUCUCAGGGUCUCUGCAUUUUUCGGCAAUGCCAUCCCCCUCCCACCCACAGACCAGGACGGUGACCCCUCCUCUUUCUACGAUGAGCUGGUCAUCCGGGUGCCAGAGUCCCAACGGAAAGGUCAUGUGGACCGACUGCGUGCAGAGGAGAAGUGGCAGAGCCGCGCCCGCCUCACUGAGACUUCCUUUGGCUUUCUGGAGGCAGAGAAGAGAGAAGCAUUAUCACAGCUGUCGCUGACGCAGGAGAGGAAGACAGUGGAAGUGGAAGACUGGCAUUUUGAAAAGCCACAUGUGGAGUCUGUUUCGUGUUUCCAGUUGGAUCAGUUUGAGUCGCUGCUCCUGCCGAAGAACAACCGACCUCUUGAGCCCACCGUCCUGCUGGCACUCAAAGAGCUCUUCAACCGCUCAAACCCCGACACCACCGCUCUGCACAUGCUCAGUGUUGACUGCCAGGUAGCACGCAUCGUUGGCGUGACUGAUGAGCAGAAGACGAUUAUGGGAGUUGGAUCAGGGCUGGAGCUUGUCACUUUGCCACACGGACGCCAGUUACGACAGGAUUUGUUAGAAAGGCAUCAUCUAAUAGCUUUGGGGGUCGCAGUGGACAUCCUGGGUUGCACAGGGACUCUGAGCCAGAGGGCAACUGUUUUACAUAAAUUAAUCUUAGUGGCUCAGGCCCUUAAAGAACGCGCCCACAACCUCUACUCCUUCUCAGCCGUGAUGAAGGCUCUGGAGAUGCCUCAGAUAACGCGACUGGAGAUGACGUGGCGAGCGCUGAGGAGAAACAACACAGAGUCUGCUGUUUUAUUUGAGAAGAAACUCAAACCCUUCAUGAAAUUGCUAAACGAGGGAGACGACUCUGUAGUCCAAGGUCCCAUAGCUGUGCCACACCUGGUUCCUCUGCUGAUGGUGAUGGAGGGGGACGACCCGGUGGAGAACAGCGAGCGAGGCUGUCAGCUCCUCUACAAUGUCCUCCAAUCAGCUCGCAGUGCCGCGCUGCAUGCACAUGAUUAUCAGCAGCACGCACACACUCUGCUCACAGGAAACUGGGAGCCAGUCCCUGAGCUGCUGGAGGCUUUCCGGACUGAGUUUGCCCUGCGGCUGUUCUGGGGUCAGUCGGGGGCAGUGGCUGACAGAAAGGAGCGCUAUGAGAAGUUUGACAAGAUUCUUUGUGUCCUCUCAGAUAAACUGGAACCCGCGGAGAUCACCCCACAACAAGCUGACCCUCUAACCUGAGCCCCAGGGUCUGUUUCACUAAGUGAGAGGUGCAAUCAGCAGCUUUCUUCACAAGAGGAAUAAAAAAUGAAAGUGAAAUGUUUUUAGUCGAGCCUCGGCGUAUUGCGUUAACUAAGGCUGAAAAAGGAAAAGAUCACUUUCAAGCUUGUCAAGCGACAACUUAACUUAUGAAAUAAAUCAUAUCUUGAAUGUGUAAAACCAUGGGUAGUCCUUUACUGUGGAAAGGACCGUUAUUAGAUAGGACAGCUGAAGACAGGAAAGGGGAGAGAGAGCCUGGGCCACUGCGUCUGGCGCUUAGCACUGC